CUUCCCUCAGGCCGCCGCCAUGUUUUGGGGCCGGGCCCGGCCCGGGCUUCCCCGCUGAGGAAAUGGCCGGGCGGUGCCGGGGAGGCCGGGCCGCGCCGCCAACGCCCCCGGGAUAACCGGGGGAGGGGGCCGGGGGGGAUGGCGGCCGGCGGCGGCGGCGGCGGCGGGAGCGGCGGCAACUGGCUGUCGGGGGUGAACGUGGUGCUGGUGAUGGCCUACGGCAGCCUGGUCUUCGUGCUGCUCUUCAUCUUCGUGAAGAGGCAAAUUAUGCGCUUCGCCAUGAAGUCCCGACGGGGUCCCCACGUCCCGGUGGGACACAACGCGCCCAAGGACCUGAAGGAGGAGAUAGAUAUUCGCCUGUCCAAGGUCCAAGACGUCAAAUACGAGCCGAGACUCCUCGCCGAGGACGAUGCCAGGCUGCUGCAGCUGGAGGCACAAGGAAACCAAUGUACCGUGCCAGAUUGUUUCAACUACCUGUACCGGAUGAAAGCCCUGGAUGCCAUCCGGACCUCAGAGAUCCCGUUCCACCACGCGGAGAGCCGGCACCCGCGUUCCCUGGUGGGCACCAGCUUCCGCUCCUACUUGCUGGAACUACGCACCUCCGCCACCCCCUUUAAGGGGGUCCGCAAGGCCCUGGUCGACACCCUGCUGGACGGCUACGAGACGGCGCGCUACGGCACGGGGGCUUUCGGCCGCAGCGAGUACCUGAGCUACCGGGAAGCCCUGCGGGAGCUGGCGGCCACCGUCAAGGCCCGGGGGUCCGGCUCCCAGCGGCAGCACCAGACGGCGGCCAAGGACCUGACUCAGUCGCCCGAGGCUCCCCUGCCCUCGUCCCCGUCGCCCUCCACCAUCCAGGUGACGUACCUCCCGCCCGCCCACAGGAGCAAGAGGGCCAAGCACUUCCUGGAGUUGAAGAGCUUCAAGGACAGCUACAAUACACUGGAAAGCACCCUGUGACGUCACCCCGGACGCCCCCCUCCCCAAAGCACCCACCCACACCCUCCCCCCUUCCCGCCUCGCCCCCGCCCCGAUGCCCCUACCCGCCCGCCUCCCUCAUGACGACGGUUAGUUUUUGGCUGCCUCCCCACACGCCCGAAUCGGGGAAGGGGGUUCAUUCAAUCCCCAAGGGCCCGAAGGGAAAGGACUCCCCGGUCUCCCCGGACGGACGGACGCCGCAGCCUGAUUCUGUGAAGGGGUUAUUUAAUAAAAGAAAGGUCUCACGAAACGAA